CCCGUUGAAUCGAACACAUCGUGUCCCAGUGUUGAGUGAAUUUUUCCGUCGAAAUGGCACCAAAAACCAGUGGAAAAGCUGCGAAGAAGUCUGGCAAAGCCCAGAAAAAUAUUUCCAAGUCCGACAAGAAAAAGAAGCGCAAGAUCCGCAAGGAAAGCUACGCUAUUUACAUCUACAAAGUGUUGAAGCAAGUCCACCCGGAUACUGGCAUCUCUUCGAAGGCCAUGAGCAUCAUGAACAGUUUCGUCAACGAUAUCUUCGAACGCAUUGCUGCUGAGGCGUCCCGUUUGGCGCACUACAACAAGCGUUCGACGAUCACGUCCCGUGAAAUCCAAACCGCUGUUCGUCUGCUGCUGCCUGGUGAGCUUGCCAAGCACGCCGUCUCCGAAGGAACGAAGGCUGUCACAAAGUACACCAGCUCGAAGUAAGCCACUGAAAUGAUUGGCUUCUUUUCAUGAACGUCUCUUUAAUCGGUCCUUUUCAGGACCACAAACCGCAUUCAA